CGUCAGUCUGCCUCAGGGCAGCUGUGGCUCCACCACCGGAUGACUGUGUGUGUGGCUACUGAACUCUGGACUCUGUAAAGAGACUUCGAGUCUCUAGAGAAGCGCUAUAUAAAAUAAAUGAUUAUUAUAUUAAUAUAUAUAUAUUUAUAUAUUUAAAUAUAUAUAUUUAUUUAUUCAUAUAUAUAUAUUUAGAUAUAAAGAAUCGUCUACUUCUUUCAUGCGUGUGUUUGAUGAUGAUUAAGAGUUCAUGUAUUCACCUUCUCGUGGAUCUGAUAAGUCACAUGACAUGGCGUCUGAUGAAGCUGAACAUGCAGACACGGCCUGUGUUGAGGGUUAUGGGUGAACGUUCCUUUAGAUCCUGGUUAAUGACAUCAUCCCUAUGAUUUCACUUGAAUGUCCAUUUCAAUGGUGGAGUUCCUCAGGGAACUGCUCUCGGCCCACUGGUGUUUUCAUUUGGUAAUGCAGGAACGUCUCUGAAGGGUUAAUAAUUGUGCCUGUGACUUCCUGAAGAGUCCUAAUAAUAGGAGUCUUUCAGAAGGACAGGGAGCAGUAUAUUGAUGUAUUAUUGUACGGUGGACCUCAUGUUGGUGUUUGUUAAAGUCUCAUGGUCUCCGUGUGUCUUCCUACAGGUGGCCUACCUGGAUAAAGUGGCGAUCUCUGGGACCCAGUUCCUGUCGGGCUGCACAGAGUCGGCGGUGGUGGGUCUGGUGGAGGGUCGGGCCCUCGCCCGGCAGCACGGCACCGAUGGCAACUCCCUGCUGGAGAUCCGUCCCUUCCAGGUGCGCCUGCACCACCUGGACGGGCACGGCGAGGCCUCGGUAACCAUGGACACCUACCAGGUGGCGCGGAUCGCCUACUGCACGGCCGACCACGACGUCAGACCCAACGUCUUCGCCUGGAUCUACCGGGAGAUCAACGACGACCUGACCUUCCAGAUGGACUGCCACGCCGUGGAGUGCGAGAGCAAGCUGGAGGCCAAGAAGCUGGCGCACUCCAUGAUGGAGGCGUUCCGCAAGACGUUCCACAGCAUGCGCAGCGACGGCCGCAUCCACCAGAGCGGCUCGUCGGACGACUUCAACGAGGACUCGUCCAGCCCGGAGGACUCGACCCCGGACGAUUGAACUGGAACUCUCCUGAACCCCCGAGGCCCACCCUGACGGAGCGAGGGGGUCACUGGACAGAUGCGCUCUCUCUCUUCCCCCCCCCCGACCACCACAUGAACUGACCCUGUGAACCAACUCGUCCAGCACAAUGAAGUAGCGUUUAAUUGCUGUCAAGGUGUAUGAACAAGGAGGUACAAACGACCGACAUCUACAUCCAGGGGUACCAGAGCGCUCAAUGAUUGGCCCUCAGAGACCCCCAGAGACCCUCAGAGGGUCCUUCAAGUCCUCCAGAGGUGGACUCUUCAGCCACCGUGUCCCUCCUGCACACACCUGAUCUGCUGACCCAGCUCAUGACCGGGACUUACCUGGGGGUCCCGACCCGGAGUUCACGAGUCGGUCGGAGCCCACAAAGUCUUGAGAUGUUUAACGACGUGGAUCUCUGUCCCGAUGCCUUCGACCUCGCUCAUAGCAAACGAGGACGUGAAAGAAAAGAAAAGCCUUUAAGCACUAUUCAUAUCAUCACGAUGGUACCUCAGUCCAACCCCCGGACGAUGUGCCGGUAUAGCUGUUCCUCACCUUGGCGAUGGAGGCGGAGCUUCUCCCGCCGUCUCUGUUCGAUACUUACAGAUGCAGAGCCUUUGUCCGGCCACACGGACAUCACGGCUGAGAAGUUCUCCCCGUCUGCGACUCCUGAACCGUCUUUUCUGUUUGAGGGACCGAUGCCUCUCCUCCCACGGGGCCCCGCGGGGCCACCUGCCUUUUGUUCUGCAGGUGUAACUGAUUACCUGUGUACGUUGUGCGUUUGCAUCUCUGUGUGUGAAAGAGAAAUGGUGAGGAGGAGUUAGGGGGGCGAGGAGCUG